AUGGCCAACCUCAAGUUUGACGGCCUCGAAGCUGCAGUCGAGAUCGCGCUCUCAGGAUACCACGACAUUUUCCACCGCCUUGUGGAGCCGGAAGCACCUGCGUGGAACAUUUCCAUGCAAAGCUUCUGUACCGAGGCAGCUAAAAACCCUCCUUCCGGAUGGCUGGACAACGUUACCAACAACAAGGAGAUUGCACGCGACAUUGAAAUCCACCGUAGGCGAAACAUUCCCUACAACGGCCCUCCUAUCGGCAGUUUCAAGCCUCACGCGGGUGACUCCAUAUCCCAGCCAAAGGCCGUGAACAGACAUCUCGAUCUCUACAUCAACAAGCUGGGAAACGAAGGUCGAAAGUCAAAGCGCAAGGCAGAAGCGGUGAUGGAACAGGAAGGCGGAGGCAAAGCUGCAGAGGAGAACGAUGCUCAAGAAGACGAUCCCGGCGAAGAAGACAAUCCUAUCCCCAGGGCGCCACGCGCACUUCGACCAGUGGACGGCCCUUCAGUGGAGCGACUUCGGAAGCUGCUUCUAGGUAUCAAGCCAAUGGUGGAGCAGGGCAUCGCCAACGCUUUUGCCAAAGACCGUUCCAGUCACCACGGUUUCGGUCCCGGCAUCAUCACGCCAAACUACGAGUACGACGGCUUCCGCUUCYCAGCACAUCAAAAGGAAGGCAUCUAUCGUUGGGAACAGCUCAUGCGAGCAGCACGAGGGGUGCUACUCUGCGACGAGGUGGGCUUGGGGAAGACCACCAUUGCUGUCGGGGUCAUUCAGCGACUUCUCGAUGCAGCCACCGCCGUUGGGGAGAGCAUUCUGGUCUCGAUCGUCGUACCCAGUGGUUUGGUCCACGUAUGGCGAGACGCCCUUGCAAGAUCAAAGACAAUCCGAACGGGCUUGUAUAGCUCUGCCCGCGUUCGUCGUAUGACCCCAAAGGAGCUGAAGAAGACCUACGAUGUGCUGAUCAUCACCCAUGGACCAUACGCGAGCGCCGUCCGAGCACUUCUCCUUCGCUACAACCAUCGACAAGCUAUCAAGGAGGGCCUGGGGCACGUCGUUUCUGGACUCCUCAAGACGGGCUUGACCCCCGAUUUGGCCUUUGACGAAGACAUACAGUCGUUGGAUCUCGAUCUACUCGUGAUCGACGAAGCUCACUGGAUCAAGGACAACAGGCAAAAGGCAUCAACCAGAGAGAAGAACAAUCUCAACAAUACUAUCCUCGCGUGCAUCCGCAGCUACAUUUGCAUUCGUCGACUGAACGGUCAGGAGUUUGAUGGUGUCAAGAUCGGCGACGGUCUUGGAGGUUACGACACAUGGCAUAUUGAGAACGGUGUGAGCCACGAGUCACGCAUUUUCCAGCUUCAGACCCGCGACAUCUGGGAUGCGAAAUGGAAGCGCAGCCAGGCGCAGAAAGACCUCGCUGACCGCCUAGGCGAAGAAAACGACCUUGCUGCCGAAAACAAUGACGACACCAAGGAGCGGCGCGGGAUGGUCGACACCCUUGUGGCUAUUAGUGAAGCCAAGAUGCACAUCAUUCAUCCUGAUCUCCUACACGCCAAGUACGGUAACAAGAAUGUCGACGCAGAAGACCUCACGCUUGCUCUCGGGGAGCGCGCCAUUGAUCCCAACGACGUCAAGCACGCCGAGCGGAUACUGGGACCGCAAAAGAAGAAGACCAAGCAAAUGUUGAGAGAAGAGCUAGAAGGGCUGAGCCUCCGGCGAAAGGCCUUUCGCAUGGCGUUUGAGGGUCCUGACGCGACCAACAGCUGGGAGUAUGAUAGGAUUAGAGCGGUGGUCAAGAGGGUGGAGACGAGGCUUGGGAUUCAUGCGACGAAUGCGAUGGACUUUUCUGCAGGCUCACAACGCAACGAGUACAUCUCGAGGCACAAGAUUCUGGUGUUUUGCGAGUACUUGAGUGCCCUUGAUCUGGUCGAGAUCGGCUUGGCCACGAGGGGUAUCCAAGUCUUGCGUUUCGACGGCUCCAUGAACACCACUGAGCGCAACGCGGCUCGAGCGAAGKUUGAAGAGGAAGGGAAGGACUUUUCCCACGAUGCGACACUUCCAGACGAGCACCUAGUUAUGCUCAUCACAACAAAGGCCAGCAAUGAGGGCAUUUCUCUGAUUCAUGCUACAGAUUCCAUGCUCAUGUCGCCAAAUUGGAACCCGGCCGUGGAAGACCAAGCCUGCUCUCUCUCUUACCGUGAGGGCCAGACCAAUCGGGUCACCAUUUUCAAGUUCAGCAGUGAGAACUCCAUAGAGGUCCGGAUACAAUCCGUUCAGAUAUCAAAGCGAGCGGCGGUCAGGAGUGUUUUGAGCGACAAGAUGAUCAUGAAGACGGCGGGCAUCAUUCGCACCAUGGACGACCAGGAGUUCCUCGAUACGCUUGGCUAUGAUCGUUGCAUCAAGGUCCUGGCGAGUGGUAAGCUGGUCGUCUAG